AUGGAUACUAAAAAUAUUGAAAUACUUGUUGCUGGUUUACUUGAGAAACAUAAAAAUUCCAACUUAGAUGAAACAAAAAAACUUUUAAAAAAACAAGAAAAGAGUUUUGCAUCCUUAACAGCUGCAAACUUUAAAAUGUUCACAGAAAGGCUGAAUGAAUAUGAAAAAGAUAAUAUAAAUAAUCUUCAAAAGAUUAGCAAAAUUGAAAAUGAUUUAGAGAUAACAACUAAAAAAGUAAUCUCUCUUGAGGCUGACUUUACGGAAUUAAAGAAAUACAUAACGACCAGUGAUCAAAUUGCUACUGAGAAAUUCGAGGUUGUAAAAAAGAAAACUAAAGAAAUAAAUAGUAAAUUAAGGGAUAAAAGUGAGUUAUUAAAGGUAAAAAGCAAACUAAGAGAAAUUGAAGAUAGAUCGAGAAGGAAUAACCUGAGAAUCGACGGUUUAAAAGAAAAUGAUAAUGAAAGUUGGAGCAAUAGUGAAGAAAAAGUGUUGAAGCUAUUUGAAGAAUCACUUGGACUGAAAGAAAUUAAAAUUGAAAGGGCUCACAGAACUGGAAUCAGAAACGGCAAAAAAGACGAUGUUUUUAAUUUACUAGAUUCAAUAGAUGCAGGUGAAUUAGAUACUGAUAUUGAAGAUAAUUUCCUUUCGGAUGAUGACCUCGAUUUUGUUCCUAACGCUCAUCAUUUCAAUAUGGAAAAUAUCUUCGAUAAUGACGCCGAUGAAACGAAUGAAAUACUAACCGCAAUGGACGAAACCAAUAUUGAGCCUGGUACCUCAAAUUCCGAAAUACAAGUUGUUAAAUCUAAAGAAAUUGAAAUAGGACCAUCUCAAUCUAAAAAACCUCAGUUAGAGCAAGUUGAAAAUGAUAAUUUUGUGAACACUUUUUUUGGAUCCUCUACCGAGAUAAACCCAAAAAAUAUAGCUUUCAAAAAUAUUUUGUGGCGCAAGAAAAUUAUUCAGCUAGAGAAAAAACAAAUACAAUUCAGAGGAAAUGAAGAAUUACCGGCGCGUUUUUAUGAAUUGAAAACUCCUUAUGAAUGUUUUAAAUAUUUCUUGGAAGAUAAAUUAUAUCAGGAAAUUGCAAAUACAACUAAUCUUUAUGCAUGCCAAAUGAAUAUUUCAACAAAAUUUGUAACUACGCCGGCAGAAAUACAAAAAUAUGUCGGAAUUUUGUUUUAUAUGUCCAUAUACAGAUACCCAAAUACUCGAGAAUAUUGGGGAGAAAAUUCGUUUGAACCAGUUCGGAAAACUAUGACCAAAAAUCGAUUUGAAGAAUUACAUCGUUAUUUGCAUUUCAACGACAGUACCAAAAUGCCGGCGCAAGGGGAUUCCAAUUUUGAUCCGAUAUUCAAGAUGCGGCCAAUUAUUGAAUACUUCAAUAUAUGUUUUCAGUCGGUACCAAUGUCUCAACGCCUGUGUGUAGACGAACAGAUGUGUUCCACAAAAAUGGUUUUGCAUAUUCGGCAAUACAUGCCCGCAAAACCACAUAAAUGGGGCAUGAAACUGUUCGUGUUGUGCGACACCUAUGGGUUUUCAUACGGAUUUGAGUUAUAUUCUGGAGCAAGUGACAGUAAAAUUUCAAAUGGAGCACCGGAUUUAGGUGCAGCAGCCAAUGUGGUUUCAAGAUUAUCGCAAAUAAUCCCUGAUCACAUGAAUCACAUUGUAUAUUUUGAUAAUUAUUAUUCGACUUUGCCAUUGAUGAUAUAUCUGUAUAGCAGAGGAAUAUAUUCUUUGGGAACCGUUCGGGCAAAUCGAAUUGCAAAUUGCAAAUUGCCAACAGAUAAAGAAGUUGCGAAGAAACCUCGAGGAUUUUUAACUGAAUAUGUAGGGUCUCGUUAUGGAGUAGACUUGUCGACUACACUGUGGAAAGACAACAAAGGUGUUCGUUUGGCCUCAACAUACGUAGGAGUAUUACCAUUUAAAAAUGAAAGUAAUAACACCCUGAAGGCAUCAAGAUAUGAUCGUGCCCAAAAGAAGAGAAUAGAAAUUGAUUGCCCAAAUAUCAUCCGCGAAUACAAUGCACACAUGGGCGGUGUCGACCUAACGGACGAUCUUUUGGGUCGAUAUCAUAUUCGCAUGAAAACAGUAAAGUGGACUAGUCGUUUCUUUUAUCAUGUGUUGGACUUGGCCAUGAUAAAUGCAUAUUUAUUACAUAAGAGGAUAAACAGACAAAAUAAAGCAUGCAAUAUACAACUCCCACAAUUUAGAAAAGAAGUGGCUGCAAUGCUUUGCAGAUUUUAA